CAAAGAAUAUAUAACCCGCUGGCUGGACGAGAUUCCUGCAAGUACCGUAGGUAAGUAAAUUUAAGGUUCCUACGUAUCCUUCAACCCACUCCGCCCAUCUGGGACGCAACCCAAGCUGGUCCGGGCAGCAACCAGCAACCAACCCCCCUACCCCUCUACCCUUCCACAGCCCCCGACCCCUAAGUCUUUCAACCCCCACCCUCUUUCCUAGGAACAUUAAAACCUCCAACCUCCCAUUCAUCCUCUCAACUCCUACUCCACCAGUACAUUCCAAGUCAUAUCCGGUUUUCCAAGAUGAGUGAGCUUGAGUGGAACCCCGUUUGGAACACCAGUAGACCCGACAAUGGCGGGGAUCCCCAUGUCGUAAACGUCAAUGCUCCGUUUGAUGCCAACGGGUAUCACAUGGUCUGGAUUAUGGCUUGCACUGCUGUCGUCUGGCCCAUCAUCCCAGGCAUCGGAUUACUAUACGGUGGGCUUGCCAGAAGAAAAGCCUCUCUCGCCCUGCUCUGGCAGUCGUUUCUAGUUUCGGCUACCAUUUCGUUUCAGUGGUGGGUCUUUGGAUAUACCCUGACCUACUCGCCAACCGCUGGACCGUUCAUCGGCGACUUUCGCCAUAUCGGUCUGAGGGAUGUGGCUGCGAAACCCAUCGGUUUCUUGCCGGAGAUUCUGUUCGCCGUCUUCCAGUGCUUCUUCUGCGUUGCCACCGUGCAGAUCAUGAUCGGCGGUGCUCUUGAGCGUGGCCGUCUCGUCCCUUCGUUGGUCUUCUCGUUCAUCUGGGCAACCGUUGUAUACUGUCCCAUCGCAUGCUGGACGUGGAACUCGAACGGAUGGUUGUACAACUUACCAUCACUUGAUUACGCUGGUGGAGGCCCCGUUCACAUUGCAUCGGGAAUGUCGGCACUAGCGUAUGCUCUGGUCCUCGGAAAGCGUAAGGAACGCAGCGUCAAGCAUCGUCCUCACAAUGUCACGAUGGUCUUCCUGGGCACCUGCUUCAUCUGGUUCGGCUGGCUGUGCUUCAAUGGAGGAUCGACUCUUAACGCGACUGUCCGUGCGAUGUACGCCAUGUUCAACACCAACAUUGCCGCCUCGACCGGUAUUAUGGGCUGGGUAUUGACGGACUACUUCCGCAAGAACGGCAAGUUCUCGGUCGUCGGUGCUUGCGAGGGUGCCAUCGCGGGCUUGGUUGGAAUCACUCCUGCCGCCGGUUACGUCCCCGUCUGGUCUGCUGCCCUCAUAGGAUUCGUGACCGCUGCUGUCUGUGCGUCCCUCGAGGACGUCACUGACUGGAUCAAUAUCGACGAGGGGAUGGAUGUGUUCAAGCUGCACGGCAUUGGCGGCAUUGUCGGUUCCAUCUUGACGGGAAUCUUCGCCCACUCCGAUAUCAGCAUGCUCGACGGCGUGACCAACGCCCCUGGAGCCGUCGACGGAAACGCCAUUCAGAUCGCCUACCAGCUGGCAGACGUGGUCUCAAUCUCGGCCUAUGCCUUCACCGCCUCGGCAAUCAUCCUCUUCGUGAUGAAGUACAUCCCCGGACUUUCCAUCCGCGCACCCGAGAAAGUCGAAGUCAUGGGCAUUGACGCGCACGAGUUCCAUAACGAGGAAGUCGGCGACUGGGGAAUGGUACAGAAGGACCAUGAUAUCCUCGGAAGCAUGAUGAUCUCUCCGCCCAGAACUCCGCAGGGCGAGACGGUUGAUAAGUCUGCCUGAUCAUUGCGUAUUUGCGCCAAACGGAAUUUUGGUUGGCUACUAUAGAGCCUCCAAGAAGUGACUGCUGAUAUGAUUCGCUUUACUUUGCUUUUUCAAUUAAUACCCCUCAUGAUAUCUGUUCUGCAUCUUUAUUCUUGUUGCGUACUUUUGCGGCGGAGAAUUGUAAUGAAAUGAAACGAAAGGUCUCACUUGUGUAGGUAUACUAGCUCGAGUUGUCGUUUCUUAUCCAGAACGUUAUGGAUUAAUUGUCUUUCCAGAGGACGGUACGGUACGGGGCAGAAUAUAAAAGUCGGAAGCACAUGCCUAACCAAGCUCAUGGGCCAAGUUAAUCAGCCCACCAGCAUCCGAAUCGAAUAGAGUGGUUGAGCUUAACUAAACCCACAAGCGGGAGCCGUCUCCAGGUCCCAAAGAUCCUCGU